GUUAAGCAUUGUAAGAUAGAGUAGCCGAUUUUAUUGUUUUAAUUUGUUCCUUAUAUUUUAUUUUUGGUGAUUAAACAAGCUGGUAAAAUGGUUAACAAACCGAAACAAAAUAGCAAGAUGUACGUCAUAAAAAGGGAUGGAAGAAAAGAACAAGUUCAUGUGGACAAAAUUACGUCCCGGAUAUCGAAACUAUGUUACGGAUUAAACAUGGAUUAUGUAGACCCGUUUUCCAUAACACUAAAAGUGAUCAAUGGGCUGUACCCUGGGGUCACUACGGUAGAACUGGACACUCUAGCUGCCGAGACAGCUGCUAUGAUGACCAUCGAUCAUCCCGAUUAUGCUACGUUGGCUGCGAGGAUUGAAGUCUCGAAUCUCCAUAAGGAGACAAGAAAGCAGUUUAGUGAGGUAAUCGAUGCAUUGUACAACAUGACAAACGAAUACACCAAAAAACGCACCCCAAUGAUUGCCGAGGACAUUCAUAAUAUUAUUAUGAAAAAUGCGGACCGUCUCAACUCAUGCAUCAUAUAUGACAGGGACUUCUCCUACAAUUACUUCGGUUUCAAAACUCUUGAGCGUUCCUAUCUGCUCAAAAUCAACGGGAAGAUUGUUGAACGCCCUCAGCACAUGCUCAUGAGAGUCGCUGUGGGAAUUCAUGGGGAAGACAUAGACGCCGCUAUAGAAACUUAUAAUUUGUUAUCGGAAAGAUAUUUCACACACGCAAGUCCAACUUUAUUUUCCGCGGGUACUCCCAGACCUCAAUUGUCUUCUUGUUUUCUUCUAAUGAUGCCAGACGAUAGUAUUGAGGGUAUUUUCAACUGCCUGGCGCAAUGCGCUUAUAUUUCUAAGUCAGCGGGAGGUAUUGGUGUCAACGUUCACAAUAUCAGAGCCAAAGGAACAUAUAUUGCAGGCACUAACGGUGUGUCGAACGGUCUAGUACCUAUGCUGAAGGUUUUUAAUAGCACGGCAAGGUAUGUCGACCAAGGAGGCAAUAAACGACCAGGAGCGUUUGCAAUAUACUUAGAACCGUGGCAUGCUGAUGUCUUCGAGUUCCUUAAUUUAAAGAAGAACACUGGCAAGGAAGAAUACCGAGCAAGAGAUUUAUUUUAUGCAUUGUGGAUCCCAGAUUUGUUCAUGAAACGAGUAGAUUCAAAUGGUGUUUGGUCUCUUAUGUGUCCUCACAUGGCUCCGGGUCUUUCCGAUUGUUGGGGAGAAGAAUUUGAGAAACUCUACGAGAAGUAUGAGAAUGAGGGGAAUUACAUCAAACAAGUACAAGCUAGGGAACUUUGGAAAGCUAUUAUUGUAUCCCAAGUUGAAACUGGCACUCCUUAUAUGUUGUACAAAGAUGCCUGUAAUAGAAAGAGCAACCAACAGAAUCUUGGUACCAUCAAAAGUAGUAAUUUAUGCACGGAAAUCAUCGAAUAUACUUCACCGGACGAAAUCGCAGUAUGCAAUUUAGCUUCGAUAGCCGUCAAUAUGUUCGUCAAGGCCGACAGGAAAACUUACGACUUUGAUAUGUUGAAAGACAUCACCAAAUUAGUAACGAGAAACCUCGAUAAAAUAAUAGACGUGAACUACUAUCCUGUUAAGGAAGCGGAAAAUUCAAAUAGUCGCCACAGACCCAUAGGAAUCGGGGUACAAGGUUUAGCAGAUGCAUUCAUACUCCUACGGAUGCCUUUUGACAGCGAAGAAGCAAGUUUGCUCAAUAAACAGAUAUUCGAGACGAUUUACUAUGCUGCGCUCGAAGCAAGUUGUGAAAUAGCAGAACAAAAGGGCACUUAUUCGUCUUACAAUGGUAGUCCCGUUAGCAAAGGGAUCUUACAGUAUGACAUGUGGGACGUUACGCCUACCAGCCUUUGGGAUUGGGCAGCACUGAAAGAAAAGAUAGCGAAACACGGCGUUAGGAACUCGCUACUUUUAGCACCUAUGCCGACAGCUUCCACUGCUCAGAUCCUUGGAAACAAUGAAUCCAUUGAACCUUACACCUCAAACAUUUACACCCGUCGGGUCUUAUCGGGCGAAUUCCAAAUAGUCAACCACCAUUUGCUCAAAGACUUGACAGAGCGAGGCCUGUGGGAUGAAACGAUGAAAAAUCAAAUCUUAGCCAACUGCGGUUCUAUCCAGAACGUCCCUGAUAUUCCUGAAGACCUCAAAGCUAUUUACAAGACGGUCUGGGAGAUUUCGCAGAAAGUGAUCCUCAAUAUGGCCGCCGAUCGUGGGGCCUUCAUUGAUCAGAGUCAGAGUUUGAACAUUCACGUCGAAAAACCAACAUAUGGUGUCCUCUCGUCGAUGCACUUCUACGGCUGGCGCAAGGGGCUUAAGACAGGCAUGUACUAUUUGAGAACAAAACCCGCUGCCAAACCGAUCCAGUUUACCGUGGACAAAAGCAAGUUGCUCGUCAGAACAGAAGAGAAUGGGACGAAUGGCGUGCACAGUAAUGGAGAUUCAGACUUUAUUCUGAAGAAGAAAGAGGAAGACGAGUUUAAUAUGGCAUCGUUGGUUUGUUCGCUGCAAAAUCCCGAGGCCUGUGAUAUGUGUGGGGCAUAAUGACACGAGAUCGGUGCCUCAGAACUGAGCUUUAUCUUAAUUUUAAAAGUUAAUAUUAAAAUUAGGUAAGUUGUGAUUGUCAUUUUUCUUCAUCGCUCGUUAUUGUAUUUUAGUUUCAUUUUAAAUUUUCAUUUAAAAUUAUCCUUAUUUGGAAAGACUAAUAUGGUUGUCCUUCAUGUUUCCUUUGUUAACUUCUUAGAAAAUGGAAGG